GGAAGAAACAAGAUGGCGGCUGAAGGCGAUCCGGAGUGGGGCCCCAGCAAUUCGGAUUGAGCCUUCUCCCUCCACCCGCUUCCGCCGGCCGGGCCCCUCCCGCCCGGCCCCGCGGGCCUCCCCACCCGGCCCCGGCGCCCCCCACCGCCCCCCUGCGCCCGCCCCUCCCCCCUCCGCUUUCCCUUCUCCCCCCGCCUCGGCUCCAACAUGAGGGGCCGGCGGGGCAGGCCGCCCAAGCAGCCCGCAGCUCCCGCUGCGGAGCGCUGCGCCCCAGCCCCGCCGCCGCCGCCGCCGCCGCCGCCGCCCACGUCCGGACCCAUCGGGGGGCUGCGCUCGCGGCACCGCGGCAGCAGCCGGGGCAGGUGGGCCGCCGCCCAGGCUGAGGUGGCGCCCAAGACGCGGCUGAGCUCGCCCAGGGGGGGCAGCAGUAGCCGGAGGAAGCCGCCGCCGCCGCCGCCGCCGGCCCCCCCCAGCACCAGCGCCCCGGGCCGGGGGGGGCGAGGAGGCGGGGGCGGCAGGACGGGGGGCGGGGGCGGCGGCGGCCACCUGGCCCGGACCACCCCGGCCCGCAGGGCCGUCAACAAAGUGGUGUACGAUGACCACGAGAGCGAGGAGGAGGAGGAAGAGGAGGACAUGGUCUCCGAGGAGGAGGAGGAAGAGGACGACGGCGACGCUGAGGAGACCCAGGAUUCUGAGGACGACGAGGAAGAUGAGAUGGAGGAGGACGACGAUGAUUCCGAUUAUCCGGAGGAGAUGGAAGACGACGAUGACGACGCCAGUUACUGCACGGAAAGCAGCUUCAGGAGCCAUAGCACCUACAGCAGCACUCCAGGUAGGCGAAAACCAAGAGUACAUCGACCUCGUUCUCCAAUCUUGGAAGAAAAAGACAUCCCACCCCUUGAAUUUCCCAAGUCCUCUGAGGAUUUAAUGGUGCCUAAUGAGCAUAUAAUGAAUGUCAUUGCCAUUUAUGAGGUACUGCGGAACUUUGGCACUGUUUUAAGAUUGUCCCCUUUUCGCUUUGAGGACUUCUGUGCAGCUCUGGUGAGCCAAGAGCAGUGCACGCUCAUGGCAGAGAUGCACGUUGUGCUUUUGAAAGCAGUUCUGCGUGAAGAAGACACUUCUAAUACUACCUUUGGACCUGCUGAUUUGAAAGAUAGUGUAAAUUCUACGCUGUACUUCAUAGAUGGGAUGACGUGGCCAGAGGUGCUGCGGGUGUACUGUGAGAGUGACAAGGAGUACCAUCAUGUUCUUCCUUACCAAGAAGCAGAGGACUAUCCAUAUGGACCAGUAGAGAACAAGAUCAAAGUUCUGCAGUUUUUAGUGGAUCAGUUUCUUACAACAAAUAUUGCUCGUGAGGAAUUGAUGUCUGAAGGGGUGAUACAGUAUGACGACCAUUGUAGGGUUUGUCACAAACUUGGGGAUUUGCUUUGUUGUGAAACGUGUUCAGCAGUAUAUCAUUUGGAAUGUGUGAAGCCACCUCUUGAGGAGGUGCCAGAGGACGAAUGGCAGUGUGAAGUCUGUGUAGCACACAAGGUGCCUGGUGUGACUGACUGUGUUGCUGAAAUCCAAAAAAAUAAACCAUAUAUCCGACAUGAACCUAUUGGGUAUGACAGAAGUCGGAGGAAAUACUGGUUCUUAAACCGAAGACUCAUAAUAGAAGAAGAUACAGAAAAUGAAAAUGAAAAGAAAAUUUGGUACUACAGCACAAAGGUCCAGCUUGCAGAAUUAAUUGAUUGUCUAGACAAAGAUUAUUGGGAAGCAGAACUUUGCAAAACUCUAGAAGAAAUGCGUGAAGAAAUCCACCGGCACAUGGACAUAACUGAAGACCUGACCAAUAAGGCUCGAGGCAGUAACAAAUCCUUUCUGGCGGCAGCUAAUGAAGAAAUUUUGGAAUCCAUAAGAGUCAAAAAGGGAGACAUUGAUACUGUUAAAAGCCCAGAAGAAAUAGAAAAAGAAAAGAAUGAGAAUAAUGACUCUAAAGAUGCCGAGAAAAGCGGAGAGGAGUUUGAAGACCAGUCCCUUGAAAAAGACAAUGACGACAAAACACCAGACGAUGAUCCUGAGCAAGGAAAAUCUGAGGAGCCAACAGAAGUUGGGGAUAAAGGUAACUCUGUGUCAGCAAAUCUUGGCGACAACACAGCAAAUGCUGCUUCAGAAGAGACUAGUCCCUCUGAAGGGAGGAGCCCCGUGGGGUGUCUCUCAGAAACCCAUGAUAGCAGCAACAUGGCAGAGAAGACGGUGGCAUCUGAGCUCCCCCAGGAUGUGCCAGAAGAACCUAACAAGACAUGUGACAACAGUAACACUAGUGCUACCACUACCUCUAUCCAGCCUAAUCUGGAAAACAGUAACAGCAGCAGUGAACUAAAUUCUUCCCAGAGUGAAUCUGCUAAGGCAGCUGAUGAUCCUGAAAAUGGAGAAAGAGAAUCCCAUACACCUGUCUCUAUUCAAGAAGAGAUAGGUGAGUUCAAAUCAGAGAAGUCUAAUGAGGAGAUGAGUGAGUCUCCUGGAGCGGGAAGAGGAGCUUCUGGCUCAACCCGAAUUAUCACCAGAUUGCGGAAUCCAGACAGCAAACUUAGUCAGCUGAAGAGCCAGCAGGUGGCAGCUGCAGCCCAUGAAGCAAAUAAAUUAUUUAAAGAGGGCAAAGAGGUACUGGUAGUUAACUCUCAAGGAGAAAUUUCACGGUUGAGCACGAAAAAGGAAGUGGUCAUGAAAGGAAAUAUCAACAAUUAUUUUAAAUUGGGUCAAGAAGGGAAGUAUCGCGUCUACCACAAUCAAUACUCUACCAAUUCAUUUGCUUUGAAUAAGCACCAGCACAGAGAAGAUCAUGAUAAGAGAAGGCAUCUUGCACAUAAAUUCUGUUUGACUCCAGCAGGAGAGUUCAAAUGGAAUGGUUCUGUCCAUGGGUCCAAAGUUCUUACCAUAUCCACUCUGAGACUGACUAUCACCCAGCUAGAAAACAACAUCCCUUCAUCCUUUCUUCAUCCCAAUUGGGCUUCACACAGGGCGAAUUGGAUCAAGGCAGUUCAAAUGUGUAGUAAACCAAGAGAAUUUGCAUUGGCUUUAGCUAUUUUGGAGUGUGCAGUAAAACCCGUUGUGAUGCUACCAAUAUGGCGAGAAUCUUUAGGGCAUACCAGGCUACACAGGAUGACAUCAAUUGAAAGGGAAGAAAAGGAGAAAGUCAAAAAAAAAGAGAAAAAACAGGAAGAAGAAGAAACAAUGCAGCAAGCUACGUGGGUAAAAUACACAUUUCCAGUUAAACAUCAGGUUUGGAAACAAAAAGGAGAGGAGUACAGAGUGACAGGAUAUGGUGGUUGGAGCUGGAUUAGUAAAACUCAUGUCUAUAGGUUUGUUCCUAAAUUGCCAGGCAAUACUAAUGUGAAUUACAGAAGAUCAAUAGAAGGAACCAAAAAUAAUAUGGAUGAAAAUAUGGAUGAAUCAGAUAAAAGAAAAAGUCCACAAAGCCCCCCCAAAAUAAAAACAGAGCCUGAUUCUGAGAAAGAUGAGGUAAAAGAUUCAGAUGCUACAAAAGGGGCAGACCAAAGUGAAAUGGAUAUCUCAAAGAUUACUGAGAAGAAGGACCCAGAUGUAAAAGAACUUUUAGAUUCCGACAAUGAUAAAUCUUUGAAGGAAGAACCAAUGGAAAUAGAUGAUGAUGUGAAAACAGAGUCACAUAUAAAUUGUCAGGAAAGUUCUCAAGUAGAUGUAGUCAAUGUCAGUGAGGGGUUUCACCUAAGGACUAGUUAUAAAAAGAAAACAAAAUCAUCCAAACUAGAUGGACUUCUUGAAAGGAGAAUUAAACAGUUUACACUGGAAGAAAAACAGCGCCUUGAAAAAAUGAAGUUGGAGGGUGGAAUGAAGGGCAUGGGAAAGACUUCUGCAGGUUCUCUGAAAAGUCUCACUGAGUCACCAGUAACAACAAAAGCAAAAGAAGGGUGUCAAAGUGACUUACUUAAACAAGAACAAAGCCCUAGUGCAAGUAAUGAUAAAUCUGAGGACUCAAUUCAGGGAUGUUCACAAAGUGAUUCCUCAGUUCUUGGACUCAGUGGUCCUAGUCAUACCACAAACAAACUUUAUCCAAAAGAUCAAGUGUUAGAUGAUGUCACCAUUCAAAGCCCAGAGACAAACUGUCAGAAACAAAAUUCUGUUGAAAAUGAUAUAGAAGAGAAUCCCUCUGAACCUGCCAGUAAAGGCCAGGAACCCAAUAAGAUUAAAACAAAAGGAAAUGAUUUUUUUAUUGAUGACUCUAAACUAGCCAGUGCAGACGAUAUUGGUACUUUGAUCUAUAAGAACAAAAAACCACUCGUACAGGAGGAUGAUGACACCAUUCUUUCUUCUUCUAAGAGUACUUUACUUUCAUCAGUAUCUAACAGUGCCAGUGACAGAGAUGCCCCAUCUCUUUCGAAGGCAACGGACUUUGAAGGAAAAUUGGGAUGUGACUCUGAAUAUAAUAGCACUUUGGAAAAUAGUUCUGAUACUAUGUCUAUUCAAGAUAGCAGUGAAGAAGAUAUGAUUGUUCAGAAUAGCAAUGAAAGUAUUUCUGAGAAAUUCAUUACUCAAGAAGAAGGUAUUGAAGGCUUGGAGCCAUUGAAGUAUGAGUUUAUUUCUGCUAAGUCCACUGGAAACUGUGAUGACAGGCUGCAGGGUAAGGUAGCUGAAGCAAAUGGUAAAAAACCAAGUCAGCAGAAGUUAGAAGAGAAACCAAUUAAUAAAUGUAUUGAUCAAAUAAAUCUAAAAAAUAUCACUGACAAAAAGAAUAAUGAAAAUCGAGAGUCUGAAAAGAAAGGACAGAAAACAAGUACAUUUCAAAUAAAUGGAAAAGAUAAUAAACCCAAAGUAUAUUUGAAAGGUGAAUGCUUGAAGGAAAUCUCCGAGAGUAAAAUAGUAAGUGGUCAUGUUGAACCAAAGGUUAAUAAUAUAAAUAAAAUAAUCCCUGAAAAUGAUGUUAAGUCAUUGACUGUUAAAGAAUCUGCUGUAAAGCCAUUCAUUAAUGGUGAUGUCAUCAUGGAAGAUUUUAAUGAAAAAAAUAACUCGGAAACAAAAUCAUGUUUACUGAGUUCUUCAGAUGCUGAUGAAGGUGACUACCAAGAUAGCCUUGAGACCCUGCCAUCAACCAAAGAGCCUGACAGAACAAGGACUACCACACCUCCACCAUCUUGCCCAAAAAGCAAUUCAGUCAACCAGGUAGAAGAUAUGGAAAUUGAAACCUUAGAAGUUAAGAAAAGUACUCCAUCACCUAUUACUUCUGGAGAGGAAUCCAAUCUCAGUAAUGAUUUUAUUGAUGAAAAUAGUCUGCCCACCAACAAAGAUGAAAAUGUCAAUGGAGAAUCUAAAAGAAAAACAGUCAUCACAGAAGUCACCACAAUGACAUCCACGGUGGCCACAGAAUCAAAAACUGUGAUCAAGGUAGAAAAAGGCGAUAAGCAAACUGUGGUCUCCUCCACAGAAAAUUGUGCCAAAUCCACUGUCACAACCACCACCACAACGGUAACAAAGCUUUCCACGCCCUCCACAGGCAGCAGUGUGGACAUCAUCUCUGUUAAGGAACAGAGCAAAACUGUGGUCACCACGACAGUGACAGACUCCCUAACCACCACAGGAGGUACACUGGUAACAUCUAUGACUGUGAGCAAAGAGUAUUCCACAAGAGACAAAGUGAAACUGAUGAAAUUUUCAAGACCAAAGAAGGCUCGUUCAGGUACAGCUCUGCCAUCCUAUAGAAAGUUUAUUACCAAGAGCAGCAAGAAGAGCAUAUUUGUUUUGCCUAAUGAUGACUUAAAAAAGUUGGCCAGAAAAGGAGGAAUCCGAGAAGUCCCAUAUUUUAAUUACAAUGCAAAACCUGCUUUGGAUAUAUGGCCAUAUCCUUCUCCUAGACCAACCUUUGGUAUCACUUGGAGAUACAGACUUCAGACUGUGAAGUCCUUAGCCGGGGUGAGCCUGAUGUUACGGUUACUGUGGGCGAGUUUGAGGUGGGAUGACAUGGCAGCCAAGGCUCCUCCAGGAGCAGGGACUACACGGACAGAAACAUCUGAAACUGAAAUCACAACAACUGAAAUAAUUAAGAGGAGAGAUGUUGGUCCUUAUGGCAUUCGAUCUGAGUAUUGUAUCAGGAAAAUCAUUUGUCCCAUUGGAGUUCCAGAAGCACCAAAAGAAACACCUACACCUCAGAGGAAAGGCCUUCGAUCAAGUGCAUUGCGGCCAAAGAGACCAGAAACGCCCAAGCAAACUGGCCCUGUUAUUAUUGAAACCUGGGUAGCAGAAGAAGAGUUGGAACUAUGGGAGAUCAGGGCGUUUGCUGAGAGAGUGGAGAAAGAAAAGGCACAAGCAGUUGAGCAACAGGCUAAGAAACGAUUGGAGCAACAGAAGCCUACAGUGAUUUCAACUUCCACUACUUCCCCAACAAAUAGUACAACCAGUACCAUCUCUCCAGCACAGAAAGUUAUGGUGGCCCCCAUAAGUGGCUCUGUUACAACUGGAACCAAAAUGGUACUAACUACUAAAGUUGGAUCUCCAGCUACAGUAACAUUCCAGCAAAACAAGAACUUCCAUCAAACCUUUGCUACAUGGGUUAAGCAAGGCCAGUCAAAUUCAGCCACCAGCACAGCUGCCACAUCUGCUACAACCAUUGCCAGCACAGGUCAGACGUUCCAAAUUACAGGCAAUCCAGUCACUAUGGCAGGAAAAGUAAUUACCAAACUGCCACUUCCUGCAAACAGCAAGAUUGUCGCUGUAAAUGUGCCAGCAACACAAGGAGGUGUUGUUCAAGUACAGCAGAAAGUCCUGGGUAUCAUUCCAUCAAGUACAGGUACAAGUCAGCAAACCUUUACUUCAUUCCAGCCCAGGACAGCAACAGUCACAAUUAGGCCCAAUACCUCAGGCUCUGGAGGCACCACAAGCACUUCACAAGUAAUCACAGGGCCUCAGAUCCGCCCUGGUAUGACGGUGAUUAGAACACCACUCCAACAGUCAACACUAGGAAAGGCAAUUAUUCGAACACCUGUGAUGGUACAGCCAGGUACUCCACAGCAAGUGGUGACUCAGAUCAUCAGAGGGCAGCCUGUUUCCACUGCAAUCUCUGCCUCUAACACAGUUUCCUCAACACCUGGGCAGAAAAGCAUAACUUCAGCAGCAUCUACUGCAAACCUACAGUCGUCACCCUCACAGUCCCCUCGCCCCCAGCAAGGACAGGUGAAGCUUACCAUGGCACAACUCACUCAGUUAACACAAGGCCAUGGUGGCAAUCAAGGUUUGACAGUAGUAAUUCAAGGACAAGGUCAAACUACUGGACAGUUGCAGUUGAUACCUCAAGGGGUGACUAUACUCCCAGGCCCAGGACAGCAGCUAAUGCAAGCUGCAAUGCCCAAUGGUACCGUUCAGCGAUUCCUCUUUACUCCAUUGGCAACAACAGCCGCAACAGCCAGCAGCACCACCACCACUGUUUCCACUACAGCAGCAGGUACAGGUGAACAAAAACAGAGUAAAUUAUCACCCGUGACACAGGUGCAACAAGUCAAAGCGCUGCCAGCAGCUCAGUCAUCAAGUGCGAGUCCUCCAGAAGCCCAGCCACAGACCACUCAACCUCCAGCUCAGCCCCCGCCCCAAACCCAGCCCCAGUCCCCAGCUCAGCCUGAGGUUCACACUCAGCCUGAAGUUCAGACCCAAACAACUGUUUCAUCCCACGUCCCUUCUGAAGCACAACCCACCCAAGCACAGUCAUCCAAACCCCAAGUUGCAGCACAGUGCCAGCCUCAAAGUAAUGUCCAAGGACAGUCUCCUGUUCGCGUCCAAAGUCCACCACAGACUCGAAUACGUCCAUCAACUCCAUCCCAAGUGUCUCCUGGACAGCAAUCCCAGGUUCAGACUACAACCUCACAACCGAUUCCAAUUCAACCACAUACAUCUCUUCAGAUACCUUCCCAAGGCCAGCCACAAUCACAACCCCAGGUACAGUCUUCAACUCAAACUCUUUCAUCAGGACAAACGUUAAAUCAAGUUACUGUUUCAUCCCCAUCCUGUCCUCAGCUACAAAUACAGCAGCCACAGCCCCAAGUCAUUGCUGUGCCUCAGCUGCAACAACAAGUCCAGGUUCUCUCUCAGAUCCAGUCACAGGUUGUGGCUCAGAUACAGGCUCAGCAAGGUGGUGUGCCCCAGCAAAUCAAACUCCAGUUACCUAUUCAAAUUCAGCAAAGCAGUGCUGUGCAAACUCACCAGAUUCAGAAUGUGGUUACAGUGCAGGCAGCCAGUGUGCAAGAGCAGUUGCAAAGGGUUCAGCAACUCAGGGAUCAGCAGCAAAAGAAGAAACAGCACCAGAUAGAAAUUAAGCGUGAACACACCCUCCAAGCUUCUAAUCAAAGUGAAAUCAUUCAGAAACAGGUGGUGAUGAAGCAUAAUGCUGUAAUAGAACAUUUAAAACAGAAAAAGAGCAUGACUCCAGCUGAAAGAGAAGAAAAUCAAAGAAUGAUUGUCUGUAACCAGGUGAUGAAGUAUAUUUUGGAUAAGAUAGAUAAAGAAGAAAAACAGGCCGCAAAAAAACGGAAGCGGGAAGAGAGCGUGGAGCAGAAGCGUAGCAAGCAGAACGCCACCAAGCUCUCGGCUCUGCUCUUCAAGCACAAAGAGCAGCUCAGAGCUGAGAUCCUGAAGAAGCGGGCGCUACUGGACAAGGACCUGCAAAUCGAGGUGCAGGAAGAGCUGAAGAGAGACCUGAAAAUUAAGAAAGAAAAAGACCUGGUGCAGGUGGCGCAGGCCACGGCAGCAGCUGCACCCUCCCCCCCAGUGAUGGCAGCUCCUCCAGCUCCUCCACCCUCACCUCCCCCUCCGCCCGCCGCGCAGCACGCAGGCCUCCUGUCCACUCCCACCGUGCCCGUGGCUUCCCAGAAGAGGAAGCGGGAAGAGGAGAAAGACUCAAGCUCAAAGUCCAAGAAGAAGAAAAUGAUCACUACUACCUCAAAAGAAACUAAGAAGGAUACAAAGCUUUAUUGUAUCUGUAAAACGCCUUAUGAUGAAUCUAAGUUCUAUAUUGGCUGUGAUCUUUGUACUAACUGGUAUCAUGGAGAAUGUGUUGGCAUCACAGAAAAGGAGGCUAAGAAAAUGGAUGUGUACAUCUGUAAUGAUUGUAAACGGGCACAAGAGGGCAGCAGUGAGGAAUUGUACUGUAUCUGCAGAACACCUUAUGAUGAGUCACAAUUUUAUAUUGGCUGUGAUCGGUGUCAGAAUUGGUACCAUGGGCGCUGUGUUGGCAUCUUGCAAAGUGAGGCAGAGCUCAUUGAUGAGUAUGUCUGUCCACAGUGCCAGUCGACAGAGGAUGCCAUGACAGUGCUCACACCACUAACAGAGAAGGAUUAUGAGGGGUUGAAGAGGGUGCUGCGUUCCUUGCAGGCACAUAAGAUGGCCUGGCCUUUCCUUGAACCAGUAGACCCUAAUGAUGCACCAGAUUAUUAUGGUGUUAUUAAGGAACCCAUGGACCUCGCCACCAUGGAAGAAAGAGUACAAAGACGAUACUAUGAAAAGCUGACGGAAUUUGUGGCAGAUAUGACCAAAAUAUUUGAUAACUGUCGUUACUACAAUCCAAGUGACUCCCCUUUUUACCAGUGUGCAGAAGUUCUUGAGUCAUUCUUUGUACAGAAGUUGAAAGGAUUCAAGGCUAGCAGAUUGUGAUAUCUUUAGUCUGAAUUUUUAACUGGAAUCAGAACUGGAUGUUGGGGUCACUCUUUGUUUUAUUGUACCACGUGAUUACCUAAUUCAAAAUUGCCCCCAAAAAGUUCAGAUUAGUUAAUAUAAUUUUUUAAUGUCAAAGAAAGAUGUAUAGUAGUAAACAAUUUAUUCUAGCAGCCAUGUUGAACAAUGUAUUUAAAAAUUGUAAACUCUUGGAAUACUGUAUUUAUCUGCUAUUGCAAUAUAAAGUAUUUUGACUUAGUCCUGGUAACUGUAAAGUAAUUUGGUUUACUAACGAAAAGUUGUGAAUAAAACUGUGAAACUAGAAGGGAGACUUUCUGGACUUUAAUAGAAAAAUGUGAUUUUAAUAUUGCUACUUUUCUUCUUUUAACAUAAUUUUUUUCCCUUCAUAUUUCCCAAAUCAAUGUAAAUAAACACACACACACACACACACAUACACACACCUUUUACCACAAUGGUAAUGCUUCUGUAAAUGUCUCUAUUUGUCCUGUUGGCUGAAAAUGUUGUAAUCUUUAUUAGACAAAUAUAUCUAUUUUUUUAAAUAUUGGCUUUUUCCAGUGAGCUAUCAUGUUUAGUGUACAGUGAAACGUUUUAAUAUUAUAGGUUAAAAAUUUCUUAAUUGUUUUUUAUAUUUGCUUGCCAAGGGUGAGUGAAAGAACAUGGCUGCUUCUCCCAGACUGACUGGCCUUGGCAUCCGCAUAAAGCAUCAUUGUUUUCAAAAAUGAAGGGUGCUUAAUUGUUCCCUUUUUUCUAUAUUCUGUAGGUCUCAUAACAACAAACUGCAGUCUACAGCUUCUUAAAGUUCAGCGUGUUACCCUAACAUAAAACACAGCAAGAAUCUGGUUAUCUGAACUAUUUUAAAUUAAGGAGCCAGAUGUUUUUAGUCAGGCUAUCCUGACAAGACCUAAACUUCGUUUUUAUUGGUCAUAACAGUCCAAUUAUAUUCUUGGCCAAUUUUGUCCAACGGACAAGAGAAAAGCAAAGUCAACGACACCAUUAUCUUGUCAAGAUCAAAUGGUUUUACUAUUGUGGCAGAAGCGGGAAAACUUUGUUUAUUGAAAAAAAAAAAAGAAAAAGAAAGCAAGAAAAAAAGAUACUAUGGGGUCAAGUUUAACUCCAUGGAAAUGCCACGUCUGCUCUUCAGUGAAGAAGCUGGUUUAGAGUCUCACAGAAAACUUUUGACUGUAUUUAUUUAUUGUUGCAAAAAAGACGCUUUUUUAUUGCUGCCCUCAUUUGUCAGCUAAUUAUUUUUUCUUAUAAAAUCCAGCCCCGGUUACACGUAAUCCAUCCUGUAUCUUAUCAUGAUUCCUGUAGGUAAAAGUACAAGACAACCUCUAGAUGUCUUUUCUUUCUAUGAAAGGAGCUGCUAUGUACACAUGUGCACACACACACAACUGGGAAUCAAAAUGAGUUUAUUGUUCAUGGUAGAUAAAAAUUAAGCUUGCAUAAAGGUUGGGCUAAGUGGUCCUGGACUACAGACUCUGUUGCCUUGAAUAUAACAAGUACAAUUUGUCAAUUACUCUGCACCAGGCUAAAAUGAGUAAAAUCUAUUUGAAGGUAUCUUGUUUGUAAACAUUUGUCAGAUUCUAAUUUUUCCUUUUUGUAUUAAAAUUCAACUAUGGAUGUAUAUGAAACAAAAUAAAUGGAGAUAAUUUUUCUCCCACAGACGGAGGUGUCUUUGAAUGUGCGCUAAUGAUUAUCUAUAAGCUUUGUGGGGAGGGAGGGCUGCAGGGCUGCAAGGUGAUGAAAGGCAGAGGAAUUUAAUCCUACCUGGGUUUCUCCAGGACAGCAGUGUCCCUUCAUUUUAUAAUUCCCAGUCCAUUGUCAUCACAUCAGAGAAAAACUUUCAGGGGUGCUAAUCCUGUUGCAUCAAUUGAUCGUACUAAUGAAAAAGAUAAUGUGACAGAACACAUUGCCUUCAUCUGUACAUUCUUUGGUACCAGGCAAAUCACCAGUUACAGAGGGCAACUAAUAUUUUAUGAAGGGCAUUUUUCAGAUGACCUCAUCCUGUUUGUAUUUUUUGUUUGUUGGUUGAGUUGGUUUGUUUGUUUGUUUUGUCCACAUGAGGAAAAGUAGUUUAAGCAGUAAGAAGAAAAUGGAAACAACUGAGGAAAGUGUAUUUUGCAUGUUUUUCCUUUCAAUGUUCUUACUCAUUGUAUUACUACUGCAUUGUAAUAAUAGCUUCUAUAAAAUCUGCCAUAGUGGAUUACGCAGCUUUGCAAAAAUUUUACUAGAUUUUGCACUAAUUCAUAUUAGCUUUGUCCUACCCAGUUCUGGAAUUUAAUUAUUGUUUUUUAAAGUUUUCUUCUGUUUAAUGUCACCCUGCUAUGCAAAACCUUUCCCAGACCUUAGUUUCUUAAAAGAAAGACGUUGCUACAGUUCCUGAUUCUUUCUUAUUACAGGCUCAGGUGUACAGGUUAUUCUGGGUUAAUUUUAUCUAAUGAAGCCCAUUCCUUUUUGUACAUAAAGAUGUCAGUUAAACCUAUGCUUACAAACUAAAGAGACUAAUUACUCAGUAUGAAAACAUGGAAACAAAGUUUUUGCUUAAAAUAUUAAGAUGGAAGUAGUUAAAUAUAGGUUAUUUUGUCCUUUUUAAAAAAUGUUACAUAUUGUAUGCACUGUGCUGAUGCAAGAAUUCUACAUUUUAAUGAAUUAUAAAGUUAUUCUGCAUCUCAUCAUGUCACAGUAUUUCUGUACUAUUUAUUCAUAUAUAUAUAAAUAUAUAUGGGCUUAAUCAUUUAAAACUUGUUGCGGCAAGAACUUUCCUACCUGUAGGCAAUAGAUUGCUAUGUUUUUAACAAAUUGUGGCAAAUUCUAAACAGCAAUUCUUUUGUACUUAAUAGGACAUUUCAUCCUAGAAAAUAAAGUAAUGUUUUUGACAUUG